AGGUCCCUUCGUCCACUUAUCCGCAGCCUUCUAAUUGGCCAAGCUCGUCAUAAUCCAACCCUAAUCCACUCCAACUCUGUUACGACAACUUUUCUUUGCAGAAAUUGGUCUCCGCGACGCCCCCCAAGAUGGCCUAGUCUCGACCUUCGUCAUGAAUUAUAGUAAUGAGGGAAUGUAAGAAGGGGUACGAGAACGAACGUGAGGCGAUCGACCUGUCAAACUGCAAAUUUUCGAUAUCGUCUGGUGCUUUAUUGUGUACCCGACUCUCGGCCGAUCGAGCCUUUCCCGACUAUUUAACCUCCAGACCAUGAUUGGCUUGGAGCUUUUCGACGCCAUCCCUUUGUUCUUCUAUCUUGUAGGCUCAGGCUCAAACUCAGAGUCGUUCCCUCGCUCUUUCUCCCCAGUUUGUAGCCUCUUUUCCUUCGAUCUUUCGAUUCACCACGAUGCGCAUCCUCAUCUCCUUCCUCGCCUUCCUCACUUUCCUUUCUUCCGUCUCCGCAUUCGUGCUUCCUCGUUCGUACAAUGCUACGGGGGAAAAACGCAUGACCAACGCGGAACGUUUUAGACGAGGUUUGGGCCCAAAUGCACCUGUGUUCAAACGUGUGUUACCUGGGUCCGGGGAGAAACCUACUGGUGUUAUUGCGGCGAAGAGGUCAAAGACGAGCUCCUUGCCUGUGACGUAUACGGGUCGGAUUGAAGUAAGGAAUUUGGAGGGACAUUCGUUUGGUUACGUGUGGAACUCUGAGUCCGGGGUGAGCGGGGUGAACUUCCAUGGUCCCGUCGAUGAACUGCAUGUCAAGAUCUCCACUACCAAGUCUGGUGGACUGUUCGAUAUCCUGGCUACCAACCCCAAAUUUCCCCCACCAUUCUACAUUGGCGCAUCUUCCAACAACGCAGCGGCGACUCUCGGUCCUGGCCUUCCUGCCGGUGUGGGCCUUGGUACUGUCGAGCAGACUCCUCCUGGACCCAGUGCCGCGCAAUCCGCGAUUUGGACGAUUAAUCGUGCUACUAAGCUUCUCACCCCACACUGGGUGAACCCUGACGGAUCCAAGCCAACGACUAGCAUUGGACUUGAUCUGCGUAAUAAUUACUUGACGUUCACAGGCGAUAUUGCUGCUUAUAACGCUGCGAAUACCUGGCCCGUCGGUGAAGUGCAAUUCUUCUUAGUUGACUUCUAAGUGAUCGUUUUUUUUUCCGGUCACUCGUUCAAUUUGGGACUUUCGCUGUUGAUGAUUAUCUCGUUAAGGACUUAGGACUAUUCGUUGAAACUUUAGAACAGUACUUUCUUCGCACAUAGACGCUUAUAUCUACCCGCCGGACUCUCCACAACGACAUCUGUUGUACUUGUGAUGUUGUAAUGUAAUUUCUAGCUGUCCUUCGAUUUUGCUGUUGCAAAACGAUAGUGUAUGGUUGACGAAUGAACAUUGGACAUUUUAUGACGCUAUGUCUAUGUUCCAAAAUGCUAGCAAUACAAAGGGUGACUUGGA